AUGUUCUCCAAGGCUUUUGUUUCACUUCUCGCCGUUGUUUCCGUUGUGAACGCCGCCCCGCGCCGUCGCGCCGACUGUGGCAACGGACACGCCGCUGCGGACCAGCGGUGCUGCGUGUGGUUUGACGUCCUCGACGACAUCAACGGUCCUGACGGUCUCUUCGACGGGGCCCAGUGUGGUGAGGAGGCGCACGAGUCAAUUCGUCUGACUUUCCACGAUGCCAUCGGCUUCUCCCCUGCCCUUACUUCCCAGGGGAAAUUUGGUGGCGGUGGAGCUGAUGGUUCCAUCAUGAAGUUCCUCGGCACUGACACCGACGAGACUACCUUCCCUGCCUCCAUCGGAAUGGAUGAGAUUGUCGGCGAGCAGAAGCCGAUUGCUUUGAGGCACAACGUGUCUUUCGGUGAUUUCAUCCAGUUCGCUGGUGCCGUCGCCGCGACCAACUGCGGUGGUGGUCCGCGCCUGCAGUUCCUUGCAGGUCGUUCGAACGACUCCCAGGUCUCGCCGCCAGACCUCGUCCCCCUCCCCGAGGACUCGGUCGACAAGAUUCUCGCCCGCAUGGGCGACGCUGGCUUCAGCCCUGAGGAGGUCGUCGACCUCCUCGCGUCGCACACCGUCGCCGCCCAGGACAAGCCCUUCGACUCGACGCCCUCGACGUUCGACGCCCAGUUCUUCGUCGAGACCCUCCUCAAGGGCACGCUCUUCCCCGGCGACGGCUCGAACACCGGCGAGGCCCAGUCUCCGAUUCCUGGCGAGUUCCGCCUCGCGUCGGACGGCCUCCUCGCUCGCGACUCCCGCACUGCCUGCGAGUGGCAGUCGUUCGUCAACGACCAGCAGCUCAUGCUGACCAAGUUUACCGCCGCCAUGGCUAAGAUGGCCGUCCUCGGCUUCGACCCCUCGACGCUCGUCGACUGCUCCGAGGCCGAGUCCAACGUCGCGGUCCUCCCCGCUGGCUUCACGCUUGAUGACAUCGAGACUUCCUGCUCGUCCACUCCCUUCCCUUCGCUCGCCACCACCCCCGGCCCAAUCGGUUCCGUUGCCCCUGUGUAG